CGAAACCCAAUUAAAUCAUAUGCUUGCGGCGUGACUUAUUCAAAUUCAACCAUCGACCAAUCCAUUUUCCUCCCCAGUUUUCUUGGUCAAGAAGAAGGACUGAACGUGGCAUUAAUGCAUUAUCGGGCUCUUAAUCUCGUCACCAUCAAAGAUCGCUUCCCGAUUCCCACCGUUGAUGAUAUGUUGGACGAAUGGCAUGGAGCAUCGUACUUUCACCAAGCUCGAUCUGCGAGCUGGGUAUCAUCAAGUACGCAUGAUGCAGCCGACGUACCCAAGACCGCCUUUCGCACACACAGCGGGCACUACGAAUACUUGGUGAUGUCGUUUGGCCUCUGCAAUGCUCUGUCCACGUUUCAAGCUAUCAUGAACGAGAUUUUCCGACCACUACUCCAUAAAUCCGUGUUCGUUUUCUUCGAUGAUAUACUCGUCUACAACCAUGACAAGGAGAGUCACCUCAACCACGUUCGCCAGGUGUUCCAUAUCCUCCGCCACUAUAAGUUCUUCAUCAAAUUCAGCAAAUGCGCUUUUGGCAUGACAGAGAUCGAAUAUUUGGGGCAUUUCAUCUCGGUCGAAGGAGUUCAGGUGGAUCCUCGUAAGAUCACCGCCAUGGUAGAUUGGCCGACCCCGACCAACAGUACCGAGCUCCGCGGAUUCCUCGGUCUUGCGGGGUAUUAUCGUAAGUUCGUGCGCAACUAUAGGUCCAUUGCCCGGGCACUUACCACUCUUCUCAAACGUGGGCAGUUUGUGUGGUCUAAUGUAGCAACUUCCGCGUUCCAGGUGUUGAAAGAGGCGAUGACGUCGACGCCAGUUCUCGCCUUGCCCGAACUUUGACUAACCGUUCGUCGUUGAAACGGAUGCAUCCGAGUCCGGCAUUGGGGCCGUCUUUAUGCAAUGAGAUCGGACCAUUGCUUUUCUCAGUCGGGGGUUGGGCAAAUCCAAAGAAAGCCUCUCCACGUACGCGAAGGAAAUGAUCGCGGUGGUCACUGCGGUUCGGGCUUGGCGGCCCUACCUUUUGGAGCGUAAAUUCGUCAUCCGGAUGGACCAGAAGAGCCUCUGCCAUCUCUUGGGCCAAUGAAUCACAACUUCGUCC